AUUCUAUUUUCGUAAUACACACGGUAAUAGUCGCGAAUUGCCAAGAUAUCGCAUAACCACGUAGUCAUGAACCGUUCCGUAGCGUCGACCAGCAGUGAACAUAACCUCACUAAAAUGACUAACUUCGAUACUGACAGAAGAAACAAUACUACAUUUGAACCAACGUUAUACAUUGUCAAGGGUAUGGCGAUACUCGACAACGAUGGAAACCGCAUACUCGCCAAGUAUUACGAUAAAAACAUAUUCCCAACUUCGAAAGAGCAAGAAACAUUUGAGAAAAACUUGUUUAACAAGACACAUCGUUCCAAUACCGAAAUAAUCAUGCUUGAUGGCCUCACUUGUGUUUAUCGAAGCAUAGUUGAUUUACAUUUUUACGUUAUGGGCAGUUCACAUGAAAACGAGCUCAUAUUAAUAAGCGUUUUGAAUUGUCUGUACGACUCGGUAAGUCACAUUCUGGGUCGCAAUGUGGAAAAGAGAGCCGUUUUCGACAGCCUUGGUAUAGUAAUGUUGGCAAUGGAUGAAAUAUGUGACAGAGGAGUCAUUCUGGAUGCUGAUGCAGCAAGUGUAGUUCAGAGAGUAUCUCUCAGAACAGACGAAAUUCCUUUGAGCGAGCAAACUGUUGCACAGGUCUUGCAAUCUGCCAAGGAACAACUCAAGUGGUCUCUGUUGAAAUAAUUCAAAGAAUGUUUUUUCGUAUACUUUUCAAUUGUACAUUUAUUAUUAAACGAGAGAAUAGAAAAAUGGCCAUUCAUAAGA